CAUUGUUCUCUUCUAUUAUGGAUUUAUAACGCGUUUAACAUGGACACCUUAAGCACUUUCUCACUGUGGAUUUUUGUCCUCUGCAUGGAUUUUGUUAAAGGUUAUUCUCAGGAAGCUCCAACAAAGCAAAUAGUGGCUCUGCUGGGUGAUGAUGUUGUUUUACCCUGUUUCAUGAAAUCUCCCGUGGACACUUCAAACCUGCAGCUGGAGUGGGCGAGAACUGACCUGACACCAGGAUUUAUAUAUUUGAGGGGAAAACUUGAAGAAAAUCUGGAGUUGAAACAGCCGUCGUACGUGGGAAGAACCUCACUGUCCUUUGAUAAACUAAAGCAUGGAGACGUCUCACUCACUCUCUUCAAAGUACAACUGUCUGAUGAAGGACCAUACAGGUGCUUCAUUCCACAGCUGGGUCAAAGGUCAUAUGUUCACCUUAUUGUAGGGUCAGCAUCUACACCUGUCAUAAAGGUGAUGUCAAUUAUCAGCAGCAGGGUGGUGUUACAGUGUGAGUCUGCAGGCUGGUAUCCAGAGCCUGAGCUGCUGUGGUUGGACGGUGAGGGAAACCUCCUCUCUGCUGGACCUACAGAGACCCUCAGAGGUCCUGAUGACCUCUAUACUGUCAGCAGCAGAGUGACUGUGGAGAAGAGACACAGCAACAACAUCACCUGCAGAGUCCAACAGAGGAACACCAACCAGAGCAGAGAGACACACAAACAUGUUCCAGGAAAAUCUCAUCUGGUGUGUCCAUCUCAGGUUGUAGCCAUGAUGGGUGAUGAUGUUGUUCUUCCAUGUCAGCUUAAACUUGCUGUUGAUACUAACUCUGAGACUGUGAACUGGAUCAAACCUGGUCUGGACCCAAAUGUUGUCCACCUUCAUUUUGAUGGACAGCUGGUGUUUGAGAACCAACAUCCAUCUUAUCACUUUCGUACUCGAGUCUUUGAGGAUGAACUGAUCAAAGGGAACGUCUCCCUUAAAAUAUUCAAAGUGAAACUCUCUGAUGAAGGAACGUACAGAUGCUCCAUUCCCUGGAUACGUGAGGAAGCUUCCAUUGUUCUCACUGUUGGGUCAGCAUCUACACCCGUCAUAAAGGUGAUGCCAAUUGUCAGCAGCAGGGUGGUGUUACAGUGUGAGUCUGCAGGCUGGUAUCCAGAGCCUGAGCUGCUGUGGUUGGACGGUGAGGGAAACCUCCUCUCUGCUGGACCUACAGAGACCCUCAGAGGUCCUGAUGACCUCUAUACUGUCAGCAGCAGAGUGACUGUGGAGAAGAGACACAGCAACAACAUCACCUGCAGAGUCCAACAGAGGAACACCAACCAGAGCAGAGAGACACACGUGCACGGUACAAAUCACUAA